UUUUCCAAUAUCAUGAUAUCUGUUGAUAAACAUUCUAUCCGUUAUGUCUCGACAAGUAUAAAUAGGAAGAGAUGUAGAACGUUGUUGUCAGCUGGUAGCCUACAAAAAUGAAUUCGCAAACCUACUUUUGGAUAUUUAUUUCAAUCUGUUCAAUAUUACUUUUGCAAUCAAUUAAAGCAAAUAUAAAUGUUCGUGAAAAACGCCAAUGGGGAUUCGGAUAUCCGUUAUUUGGAGGGCUCGGAAACUCCUGGGAGGUGCCAAGUAAUCUUCCAACUUAUUGGGGAUACAAUGCAAUGGCUGGACGUUAAAUAAAUAUAUAGAUCUACUUUUAUUCUAAAGCAAUAAUAAUUUUUUCACAUACCAAAUUUUUAACUACUU